AUGGGUCUGACCAAAGGUGUUGACCAGAUGGAAAUCAGGAAGGCUUACAAGGCUCUUGCGCUGAAGUACCAUCCUGACAAGAAUCCAGACUGUGUGGAAUGCGCGGAGAAGUUCGGAAAGAUCUCGAAGGCGUAUGACACGCUGUCCAAUCCAGAGGCCAGAAAGGUAACCCCCUUCAUCUGCGCCGAAGUGUUUCCUGUCCUUGUGUCAGAGACAUUCUCUUGCGCAGGUGGGUUUCGUCCAUCAUGUGAAGCCUGUGUGCUGCAGCACGUUGAGCCAUCAGAAAGCAGCCGGUGCAACACCAUGCAAAACAACUGUAUCAUUUUUUAA